GAAGAUCUAUGAGAGAGUUCUGUUUGAUCAGAGAUAUAACCAAAUGAAGAAUCCCAUCUCAUCAAAUAACAACUUCCCUUCACGGAAAAGGAAGACGAUGAAGAUUAUUCCCUCUCAAUAUUUCUCUUCCAUCCAAUUAUAGCAACCAAAAGAAGGAAACAAAAGGAACCACAAGAAUAUUCAUGAUCUCCGUGCAACUUAUACGCCAUCAAUAUCUCUACUUCCCCUUCUUUAAUUUCCUUCCUUUGUUGGCUCUGGUGCUUUUCUUGCCUUGAGCUCAUAAUAUUUCUCUUCCUCUUCCCCUUUCUUCAUGUGUUUUAGACACAGAAAAUAUUCAGUGAACCCAUUAGAACAAGCUAAUCCUCUGAAAAAAUAUUAGAGAAAAAAGAUGUAUGAGGAUUCAAGCUACUUUGAUCCUUCCCAUGACUCCAACCUGUUAGCACCUUCAUUGAUUGACACCCCCUACCAAAUUCCUGAUUACAAUAGCAUCAACAAUAAUGGACUCGAUGAUAACCUCCAUAUUGAUCUCGAGGAUGCCACUACCUCAAUUACCCUCGAAAGUAACAACCAUCUCGACUUCGACCUCAUGCAGGGGGAUAUCAGUGUUGCACUCCAAAUGGAGACCACAAACUGGGACUCAAGCAAUCAUCAGAUGUACCCCAAUCCUACAUUUGGGCCUGCAUCAGAUCUCCUGAACCUGCUGCAGCUUCCAACAACAGCGGCAUCAAUAACUUUUGAUAGUUCUAUGUAUUAUGAUCCCUCAAUGCAUAUGGGAUAUACUGUUGGUGCUCAACCUAAUGUGUUAAGGGAUUUGUAUCAGUCUCUGCCACAGAAUUACGGUCUUUUUUGUGGGGUGGAGGAGAGAGAGGGUGUGAUAGGUGGAAUUGGAGUUGGGGAUGUUUUUCAAGAGAUGGAUUAUAGGAGAGGGGAUAUUAAAGGUGAGGUGAAGCGAAAUUUUCCUACUGAGAGGCAGAGGAGAGAGCAGUUGAAUGGGAAGUAUAAGGCUUUGAGCUCACUGGUUCCUAACCCUACAAAGGGAGAUAGGGCCUCUAUAGUAGGAGAUGCAAUCGAUUACAUUAAAGAGCUCCGUAGAACUGUUGAUGAGCUUAAAAUACUCGUGGAGAAGAAGAAGCAUGGAAGAGAUAGGAGGAGAAUGCUGAAUGCUGACGAUGAGGCUGCUGGUGACAUUGAGAGCUCAUCUGUUAUAAGAGGUGAUGAUCACCCACUCAAUGGGGCCUUAAGGUGUUCUUGGCUUCAGAGGAAGUCCAAGGAGAGCUUUGUUGAUGUUCGUAUUAUUGAUGAUGAAGUGAAUAUUAAGCUGAACCGGAAGAAGAAGCCUAAUUGUUUGGUGUAUGUUGCAAAGGCCCUUGAAGAGCUUCAACUUGACCUUGUGCAUGUUUCUGGAGGAAACAUAGGAGAUAGCUACAUGUUCGUGCUCAACACUAAGAUAUGUGAAGGAUCUUCAGUGUAUGCUGGUGCAAUCGCUAAGAAGCUCCUCGAGGUUGUGGAUAGGCAGUAUCCAGCCCUAACUUUUCCUGCUAGCUACUAGGUUUAGGGUUUCAGCUGCUGAUUUGAUGGCAUGAAGGAGAUUAUAUCAUACUUACAGUUUGAUUUCUUUGUGUAGUUCUUUUUCUGAGAGAAUUGUGUAAAGACAUGCAACUCUAAACUUAGACAUACUAAUUAGACUCGCUCAACAGGGGCCGAUUCAAAAUUGUGCAUUUUUGGCAUCUGCUGAUAAAAAUGUCAGCUAACAGAAAAUGCAACCUGCUUUUUGUAUUUGAAGAUUCAUGCUCUAUUAGUUUAGAACACCAGAAUUAUCUGAAAAUAUUUCAUUAUA